CUCCCUUCCAAUUUUCAUCCUUGCCCAAUUCUUCCGUGAUUCAGAGAUUGUUUCUGUGACCGGCAAUAAACUUAAGAAAACCCUCGUCUAGAUGUUUUUGCAUCAUGGCAAACUUUGAAACUGCUAUCCAGCAGGCCGUCGAUGCCAAAGAGAUCCCAGGCUGCGUCUUACUUGCCUCCAAUCGCGAUGGCUCAUUUAACUACACCAAGAGUUUCGGUCACACGUCCAUGGAGUCUGGGCGCGCCAAACCACUGCGAAGCAGUGACAUCAUGUGGAUCGCCUCCUGCACCAAACUCAUGACCUCCAUCUGCGCCCUGAAGCUUGUCGAGCAGGGCAAGCUCACCCUCGACGACCCAGUCUACAACCAAAUUCCCGAACUCAAAGACUUCAAGAUCUUACAGACUUUCGACAACGGCGGCAAGCCUGUUGAAAUUCAGCACACUAAGCCCAUCACCCUACGUACGCUUCUGACGCACACUAGCGGCUUGACUUACGACCACUUCCACCCCAAGUUGCUGGCCUGGUGUGCUUACCACGGGCGAAAGCCUAACACCGGCACUAAGAUUUUGGAGCGUUACGAUGCACCACUUAUGUUUGAGCCAGGUGAGAGCUGGAUGUAUGGCUCCAGCACCGAUUAUACUGGUCUCUUGAUUGAGCGAGUCACGGGUGCCACACUCGAAGAGCACAUGCGCAAGAAUUUGUGGGAGCCCCUUGGGAUCAAGGACAUCACCUUCAAGCUUAGCUCACGGGCGGACCUGAAGGAGAGAAUGGCUGAUAUGAGUGAGCGGGAGGCAGGCUCCAGUACAGUCAAGCACAUGGGAGGAAAGCAGUUUCACCAGGACACCGACGGGUCUGAGAUUGAGGAUUGCCUCGGCGGCCAGGGCGUGUUUACGUCUCCGGAGGACUACUUCAAGGUGCUGAAGGCAGUACUCACGACGGAUGAGGACGAGAAACUGUUGAAGAGAGAGACGUUGACAGAGUUUUUCAAACCGCAGCUGGGAGAGGGCUCUGCGACAGCGUUGAACAGCCUUCUGCAGGAUGACUUCGUUAAUAAUGCAAUGGGCGGAACCAACAAGGAUGUGAAGAAGGACUGGGGUCUCGGAGGGCUUCUCCUGGCGGAAGAUCAGCCAGACGGCAAGGCAACGGGCACGAUGAUCUGGGGUGGGUUGCCAAACUUAAACUGGUGGGUCGACCGCAAGACCGGCAUCUGCGGCUUGUACGCGAUACAGGUAUUGCCCACUGGUGACGCAAAGAUCGCAGCGCUGGACCGCAGCUUCGAGGCAGGUAUCUACGAGAAGUACAAAGCGGGUGGGAGUAAGAGUCCUCGCCUUUAGGGGAAUGACAUCCGAUGAAAUGCAAGCGCUUUGACUACCUCCAGAGCGAUUGUCUUAUCAAAGAAUUAACCCUGGAUUGUAAAUCCGCAACCUCUUGGUGCAUUGAUCACCUCCAACCUCAAGUUAUCUGGUAGCUACAUGUCUAGCAUCUCGAAAUCCGUCU